CAUAUUGGACGCACCAAAAGCGACUUGUCUCCCUCCUCCGACAGAGCAGAUCUAAACUCGAGCAAAUAGAUCCUGCUCCUUUGAGGCACCAAAAUGGCGAGCAAGAGAGGUCUCUGCUCACUGACACGGAGCUUGCACCGCACCAGCUGUGUCUACUCAACGACUACAGCGACAUCUAGAUUCGUCCCUCUUAUUUCUCCUCUCACUCCCCUGAUCCAAGAACAACAACGAAUCCACCAAGCCAUGCCCCGAAUGCGCCAACCUCGACGACAUUUCCACACGACACUGAGAAGGAAUAGCAAUAGUGACUCAAGCGCCGCGGGGGCAUCGAAACAAUACACAUUUGCGGAACUACAGAAAGUCGUUGCGGCGUCGGCGGCGGAUCCGCACACGAUCAUAGUAGACGUACGGGAGCCGGCGGAGCUGGAGUCAACGGGCCGCAUCCCCACGGCGGUCAACAUCCCCAUCUCCAGCGCAGCUGACAGUUUCUUCCUCCCCGCCGACGAGUUCGAGGAACGGUUUGGCAUUGCCAGGCCCGGCGAUAAGGACCAUGUCAUUUUCUACUGCAAGGCCGGCGUCCGUAGUCGUGCCGCAGCCGCCCUCGCUCGUCAGGCCGGGUUCGGUGGUGACAUUGCAGAGUUCCCGGGUAGUUGGAUCGAGUGGUUUGAAAACGGCGGUGAGGUUGAGAGAUAAGAAAAAUAAACCGUCGGAUACGUGGGUGCUUGAGUGUAUAGAUGGGUUUGUAUUUGUACAGAGAGCCGGUAUCAAAUUCACCCAACUUCAAUUUUUUGGUCGGAAGAAUCUACGACGAGGAUCCAAAAAAUCCAUGAGCACAAAAUUCCCUAGCAUCUCCAACCAAGUUUCUACCAACCCUGCUGGAACCCUCACGAAUGAUGGUCCAUAUUGGUUUGUUCCAGGACAUUGGCUGCAAGAUGACAAUAGAUCGUGCUAAAUACACAUGUGUCUCGAACCACCUAUUUACAACCAC